AUGUCGACAAACGAACCGUUGCGUCCCGGAAGUGGGAGCAGUAGUAAUGGGGGAAGGAGCCGUUGUGGUAGUGACAGUAAUAGCCACAGUACGAACCAGAAUACCGAAGGCAGCGUCACCCAGGCUCCAGUCCUUGCACCGGAAGAAGGACCUCCCGUGUUGCUGCGCGAAUGGAAUCCGGCACCGCCGCCGCCUUCCACUCCGGUGGCUCCCGCCGUGAUCUGGCCCGAUCGAUCCCCGGAAGCGGAAGAUCGUCGACCUGCGUACUCGUAUCCCGUAGCCACGUUUGUACGCGAUCUGGUCCGUACGGGGAUGGACCAAAUCGAGUCAGCCUGGCAGCAACAAGAGUCGUCGUCGACUGCACAGCGAGAUGGAACUGGUACACGCCCUCACGGAACCCACAAUCGAGUAGAAGACGACGACAGCGAUGCCUAUCGCCCACUCUCCGUGCGUAGUGAGUCGGACGCUCUGGCCAUGCGCUCCGAGGCCGCGGCGGCAUUUAUGGAAUCCACGGCGACGGUGUCGGCCCGAACCAUCAAUGAUCUGGACGACGAACACGAGGAUGCCGAAUUCAUACUCGUUGACGGCGAACUGGUGCUCAUGCCGCCCCCGCCGCCCAACGCGGCCGAGCAGGACGGUCUCGUCCGCCAUUUGCAGAAUCAGGAAUUUGAACGACACUUUUCGUUGCGCGCCAGGUAUCACCCCGACCAUCCCGCCGUCAAGUCGUGUCAACCGAAUCGCGUCCGCAGAGGUGUCCGGAAGCUUGGAAAGAUUUUUAAGCGUAAGAACGGUCUCCGUCGAGCGUCAAGUAAGGAAAGCGCGCAAUCGCAUGUGCACCACGUCGAUGACUCCUCGGCGCACACCUCGCACGACGGAUCUUCGUUACCGUCUCUUUCCGCCGACUUCUUAACCGCGCCGUCGGGAGCUGAUUCUAUAACCACUCUGAAUCACACCACAAACAACGGUGGGAUCAAUUCCAACAAUAAUCCCAAAUCUCCCCCCAGGAAGAAAGACAAACGCCGUGGAAAACGACGUUCUUGGCGGCGGACUGACAGCAGUGGUGGAGAGAACGACGACUUUGAUGACGAGACGUCGCCAGACAUAUUCGAAAGCCGUUCGGGUGAAUUCUCGUCGCGUACGGGUCCGCGCCCUGCCACUUUUACCACAAUUUCUGCGCUCGCCAAUCGGUCGGCCGCGUCGAUUCGACCCCCUAUGCCUCCCAUGACACCGAUUCAGGAAACCUUGGACGCGAGCAACAUGUUUUCAGGAGGAAGAGCUGCGUCCGUCGAAGCCAGAUUUGUUGGGACAACGGCGGACGUUCUCGAGGCUGGUGUCCUGCCGACCGGCUUUGCUGCGGAAGCCUACGUAGAAUACGACAGCGACGAGGCCUUGAAAAAGGACGAUUCUCUCGUAGCCAGCGUCGUACCUUUUGAUGCCGACUACAAGGUGGACAAGGCCGAAGCCCCCGAUUUUGAAAGUAUGCUGCGGAGAGCCGCACUCGAAACCGUAUCGGAUCUGGAGGCGUCAGAAAGCACGGCUGCCCAGCCCCUGCGUCCGAAACGAGUCAAGUCAGACGGGUCUUCGGUUCCGCUCAGUCUCGCCACUGGCAGCGAUGCGCACGUACACAACGAUAUGCUGAAAGUAGUCAUGGUUGGAGCACCAGGCGUGGACAAAUCCUAUGUCGCCCGAGCCAUCCGGCAAAGUCAUAAAAGGGGACGAAAGCGCGUCACUUUGGGAGUCGACGUACACUCCUGGUCGCCCAGGUCGGACGUAAAGUUUGCAAUAUGGGAAGUCCAAGGUGCGACGUCCCGAGACCACGGGGCGCCUAAUUUCGGUGCGCACGCCGCAACUCAGGCACUUUUCUUUUCUUCCUCGUGCCUGUAUUUGUUGGUGUGGGAUUUGGCUUGUCAAAACGUGGCUACGAAUCGUUGUCCCAGUCGUCGGCAUGACGGCGAAGAUUGCUUCGACAGUUCCGAGGACGAAGAAGAAUACGAAGACGAUUUCUUGCGGGAAGAAGCCAACCGUCAGGCUGAUCGGGCCUUGUACGCAGACAUACAAACACGCCUUCUAUCUUGGGUGGAUACGAUUGCCUUGCGCGGACCUGGGUCCGCCAUUUUGCCGGUAGCUCUUAUCCCUUCCCACAUGAACGAAAUAGAGGUCAAGCGACGAUGUGAUACAAUGCAGAAUCUUCUCGAGAACCACCUCCAUCGUUUUGAUGGGAGCGAAUAUUCUCCGAAACUGUUGCUGGGCCAAGAUACGAUUCUUUGUGUCGACGAGGUGACCGGGUCAGGGAUCGAACAGCUGCAGGAAACAAUGGUGGCCAUAGCCACAGAUUCAUCGCGAUCUGUAUUUGAACACAUGGGUGCACCAGUACCGACGGGGACAGGCAGGGUACUGGAUACGGUCCGGCGACUCAAACAAGAUCACAAGCUUAUCUUGCUAGAUCAUUUAUUGGGUGAGCUCGGUCCGGGCUUGGAUAUGGCUACAGUAGUCCAAGCUUUGCACUUUUUAUCGAGCAUUGGCGAAAUUCUAUACUUUGGAACGUCAGAUGAUGAAGUUCUAUCGCGAUACAUUAUCCUUAGUCGAAAGUGGCUUGUGUCAGCCUUGUCAUGCAUUCUCCGCAAUGACCUUAAGCGUGAGUUGACCGAAACUAGAAGAUUCAUGAAUAUGCAAUGUAUUUACAGCGACCAGAAAUUUCCCGAGAGCGAAAUUACAAAAGUGCUCGUCAGUAGCACGGCGAGCUGUCCAUUGCUCAGCGAUAGCGAUGCGCGCAUGCUUUGGCAGUCCAUGAGUUUCAUGCGCGAAGCAUCGGAUCGGUAUGCCGAGCUGACGGAAAGUGCCACCACGGCGCCGACCAUGUUUUACUUUUUGGAACGACUAUUGGUCCACUCCGGUGUUCUACUGCCCCUACGAGCUUCGCCACCACCGACAAUGGCCUUGGACCAACCGGUGCAGUCUGAAGUGUUUUUUAUACCUAGUCUCUUGACGCAAACGGAUCCUCGGGAUGUUUGGACGUUCAAAUCCAGUGAAAGUUGGAUGACCACCUUGUGUUACUCCUGGUUGUUCCGCGAUGGUGCCCCAUCGGAUCUCAUGGAGCAUGUGUCCGUCGAAUUGCUGAAGGACCUGUAUGAAUUUUCUCAAGACUUCCAAGGAACUCCCAAACAGGAGUAUCCUCAGCGGUCGCACACGGUACCAAUAGGACGGGGGUCCUUGCACCAGUUUCUGGAAGAGCAUGAUACACAAGCGAUCGGUCGCAUCAAGGUGCAUCAAAUCAUGUGUUGGAAGACUUCAGUUCUUGUAAAGAUCGGGACUGUAUUUGCCGAUCAGGACAGUGGGGAGCUACGGGAAAGUUUUGUGGAAGUUUUCGUGACGGUUGUUGAUCAGAGCUCAAGUCAAUGUGUCGCGUCAGAUGCGAUGCGCGCCAGUAUGCAUCGGGUUAUAGUCAGUGGGAAAGGUCAGGUAGGCCACCAUGGACGCAAGUUGUGGAAGGGUGGCUUUGAGGUUGUAUUGGACUCGGUUCGGUCAUCGCUCUCUACGUACCCCAACGUGGAUUCGCAAGUGGUAUGUCCAGAAUGUCUCGCCCACUCAAGUCCAAGUAAUGCUUGUACAUGGGGGUGGGAUAGUGUCGUUGCUGCCGUUGAGCGCAAAGACGCAGUUGUUCGAUGCAUGCGUGGACAUCGUGUCGACAGCAGCCUAAUUUCUGGCAACGCCAAAGAUGCCGAAGUAAAAACGCCAGCCGUGGAAUCGUCUCAUUCUCAACGAGUGUCCAAGCCUGUUCCCGAGAUGCUGCCCAGCGUUGUACUGGUGGGUCUAUGGGAUGCGCAGCAAAAGGAGAUUCGAAACGUUGGAUCUGGAUUCAUCGUCGACAAACGUCUUGGGUUGGUAGUAACAGCUGCUCAUGUUCUCUACGACAUGGAAGAGGGGCCCAGGUUUGGGGUUCCUUUCUUCGGUUUACCCGACGCCAAGGUUGUGAUUGGAAUCAUUCCCGAUGAAGGGCACAACGCAGUCUUCCGCUACUUUGGUGAGAUCGUGCUGAGCGACGUCCACAACGUAGACGCAUGCGUUGUGCGUGUUACGAGCAAAAUGGCUGAAGACGUUGACGAUGAAGGCACGGGCUGUGUGAAUCAAACCGAGAUUUCUUUAGACUACGAGGCUGUGGAGUCCGAAAAACUCCGUUCGUUGAAAAUGACGAACCGAUUCGAGCUAGAGGAGUCUGUCCGCAUCCUCGGGUUCAACCAAGGAGGUGAAGGUGUCUUUGAGCUGGGCAAACACGUAAACCGGUCCGCUGACUUUGCCAAGGGCUAUAUCUGCAAAAAGUUCAAAGCUGCGAUUUCCGACGACGGAUCGCACUCAUCCAAUUCGUCGGGCAAGACGUUUUCGCCACGCGAAGAAAUCGUGAUCAUGUGCCCGACAAUUUCGGGACACAGUGGUGGUCCGUGUGUGAACGACGAAGGUCGCGUGGUUGGUAUUUUGAGUCGAGCCGAUCCCGUCGAUCGGCAACGUUGCUAUCUAGUCCCGGCGACCGAAUUGAAGCGGCUGGUAACCAAGGCCAAGAAAACGUGUGUGAGGCCUGCCAAGCUAGCGACUGCUAUUACUAUGUAAUUUCGAUCCGGGGCAAUAAUAUAAGUUUCCCUCCCUUUAC